GCUCUGCACUCGCUGCUUCUGCUGGUCUGAUAUGAGACUGUUGGGCGCUGCGAGCCACCGUCCAGAAAUAUAUGUUGUAGGUAGAAUAUUAGGCGCAACACCGAGGAAAAUCGACCGCCAGGAAGCUACGAAGUCUUCGAAUACGGCACAGGAGAGCCAUUCAGAAGAGCCGGGGGUCAAAGGUGAGAAGAGCAGAGGGCACCAUGGAGAGUGAACCCGCGGGCCCUGCCUCUACUGCCAGCAGUACUGGGACCACUUCCACUGCCAACACUACCACCUCCUCCGCCUCCACCACAACCAGCUCUCCCAGCACCACAGCUGUUAGCAGUAGCAGCACCUCUAACCUCACCACUACUGCUUCUGCUACUUCCACUAGCAGCAGUAAUAGUAGCAGCAGUAGUACUACUACCACUAGUAGUAACACAAGCAGUAGUAGCACUACAGCAGGAAGACAGGCAGUGCCUCAGAUAUCAGUUUACAGUGGAAUACCUGACCGACAGACAGUGCAGGUAUUCCAGCAGGCGUUACACAGACAGCCAAAUACAGCAGCACAGUAUCUGCAGCAGAUGUACGCUGCCCAGCAGCAGCAUCUGAUGUUACAAACUGCUGCCCUCCAGCAGCAGCACAGCCUCAGUACCGCCCAGCUGCAGAGUCUAGCUGCUGUUCAGCAGGCCAGCAUUGCAGCUGGUCGGCAAACUUCGCAGAAUGGUACUUCAUCUCAGCAGACAGGGUCUACUCAGGCUACAAUCAACCUGACCACCUCCCCAGCAGCAGCUCAGUUGAUCAGUCGGGCCCAGAGCAUUAGUUCCACCCCCACUAGUAUUUCCCAGCAAGCUGUUUUGCUAGGCAGCCAAUCCAGCCCCACUCUUACAGCCAGCCAGGCACAGAUGUACCUGCGUGCACAGAUGGCCCAGCAAAGUAACCUAGUACAGGUGGCAAGGAGCCUAGGCCGAGCUGUUCCUCUGUCCCCACAGCUCAUCUUCACCCCGGCAGCCACAGUGACAGCUGUCCAGUCAGAGAACACCACACAGACCUCCUCACAGAACCAGGUCCAAAAUCUGGCUAUUCGUGGCCAGCAGGGGGCGACCACGUCUUCCUCUCAGACUCAGACCUUGCAGGCUCUCAGUCUGAAACAGAGUCCAGUGCCCAUUCAGCCAGCCUCACUGAUCAAGAAUCCCAGCCAAGGGACCCAAGCCUCUGCAGGGGGAAAGGCUGGUUCCUCCGACGGCCUCUGCGAUGGAGGAAAGAAGGGGGACAAUGCAGCAGUCACAGAAGUUCGAGCUUUAAACAUGAGUCGCAGUGUCACAUCUGUCAAUGCUCAGCCUCUGAUUGCUCCGGCCUACACCCAGCUUCAGCCUCAUCCGCUGGUUCAGCAGCACAAGCAGCAGCAGUUUGUGGUCCAGCAGAGUCAAAGCUCCCAAAGGAUGACAGCCCAGCCACUUCAGACAGCCUCCAUUCAGCCAUCACAGCACCCUGUCCCUGUUCUGCCCAAACCUGCCCCUCACCAGCCUUCCACUCCAAACCAGCAGGCCACCAUCUUCCAUUCCACCAUCAGUCCGCACGCCCUCCACUCUUCCAUCAACCAUGCCAAAGCUCAGCCGGUCCAGCUCACUGCCAUCAACCUACAAAUACAGCCAACGGCUGCUCGACUAGUUCAGGAAAGUAAAGAUAAGCCAACCUCAUUAGUGGUCAGAGAGACGAGUCAGAUGCCGUCCACACAGCAGCAGCAGCAACCUGUGCCUUCCCAAUCACAACCCUCCAAGCCUGGGGAGCAGACCAAGGUUAACGCUGCCACAUCACCUGUUCAGUCACAAGGUAUCCCAGCCAAGAGGCUGAGUGCAGCGGCAGGGACCCCACCUCCAGCCAUGACCUCAGGAAAUGAGAGCGAGGCACCCACUGUGACGGGCAGCACGCCACAAAAUGGAGAGAACAAACCGCCGCAGGCCAUCGUCAAGCCCCAGGUCCUCACACAUGUCAUCGAAGGCUUUGUCAUCCAGGAGGGAGCGGAGCCAUUCCCCGUGUGUGUGGAGCGUCUGCCUCUUCUCAUCGACAGCCCAAAGAAGCUGGAUCAUCAGCUUUCCUCAGACCCUGACAAAACUCCAGUCAGCAAUGCAGCCAACACUGACUCUGAGCCCGAGGACAUGAGCCAGCCAGAGAAAGACAAACCCAAGCUGACAUGUGAGUACUGCGGCUGGGUGGACUUCGCCUACACGUUCAAGGGCUCUAAAAGGUUCUGCUCAGUGGUUUGUGCGAAAAGGUACAACGUGGGCUGCACCAAGCGGAUCGGGCUUUUCCGUCCAGAGAGGAACAAACCUGCAAAUCGCUGGCGUCGAAGCUCUCAGGGCCGCUCUAGUAUAGAGGCUAAAAAGCAGAAACUGUCCUCCUCACCACAGCAGACUCAGGGUGGCUCUGUAUCCUCCCCGCACGCUUCACAGCCCAGUCAGGAGGAGUCCAGCCCAUGCUCAGACAUGUCCAGCUACGAAGAGCCACCAUCUCCCCUGUCAGCAGCUAGCUCUGGACCUCUGGCUCCCACUCCGGCCUCAGCCCAGGUCCCUGUCCACAGACAGCCAAGCAGAGCCUCGGACCAGGAAGGCUGUGGUGGGAGAGACACAUCGUCGCUCUGCGAGCGCUUCUUACCCAGCGACCCCGCCAAGUGGAACGUGGAAGAAGUUUAUGAGUUCAUCCGAUCGCUUCCAGGUUGUCAGGAGAUUGCAGACGAGUUUCGCUCUCAGGAGAUCGACGGGCAGGCUUUGCUCCUGUUGAAGGAGGACCACCUAAUGAGCACCAUGAACAUUAAGCUGGGACCUGCGCUCAAGAUCUUUGCACGCAUCAACAUGCUCAAAGACUCAUAGCAGGAAAGUGUGUGGACAGUGUAGCACUGACGGUGAAGAUUACUAACUGCACAAUGACCUGCCCUUCUUCACACUACGAGACUGGUUCCUUUAAAUAUUUCUCUCAAGGUUGACAUGAACCAACAAAAAAGAUCAAAUUGACCCGAGUCAACACAUCACAAUUUAUGUUUCUGGUGAUUUCUUAAGUUGGGAUCUGUAUGGCAUUAAAAAGAGAAAAUGUGUUGUUAAAGGUGUAAAUGAAAGUAUAAUAUGCAUGUAUCCACUGCACUGCUGCAUUUUAUGCUUCUGUUUGGGACAAAAUGAAGAGAUGAGGGGAAAUGGAAGGGAAAAGAGAUGGACACAGAUUAUGGCAAACAUUCACCCAUCAGCUUAAAACGCCACCUUACUUUGGCGCCAUCUCUAGCUUGCUGUUAGUAAUUAGAAAAGGCUGUUUUUAUCUGUACAGAAAAAUCCAAUCGCAACAAAAAUGGUUACUUUGACAUCAUCUACUAUUAACACUGCACCAGAUUCAGCCAGAAAUAGAAAAAUCUGUUUUUCCAUUUGAACAUGUAGCUGAGAGAAAAGGUGGUGCUGGAGCCUCCUGCCUGGUCAGUUGUGUCUGGGUCGGGUCACGAUGUAACACAGCCUGUGCUGAUUUCAGGCAUAGAGAUGAAACAUACGUGACAUCUGAAUUUAUUAUAUUAUUACACAUGUUUUUGUACAGUUUUAUUAGCAUGUGAGUGGAAGUGAGAUGGUUGUAUGUGUGGCUGGGAACAGAAGACUGCAAUCAUUAAUUUGCUCAUUUUUAUUCAGCACAUGCUCCUUUGCCUUUUCUCACAAUAAGACUCACCCGGCUCUUGAAUACAAAGCUUGAAUGCAGAGAAACUGAUCGAGCAGCCUCUUUUGUUUGAUUGAUUUUUCCUUUUAAUCACUAUCGUUCUCUCAUAGAUUGAAACUACUUCAUUUUUUUGCCUGCUUUUUCCAAAAUGACUAAAUAUGACAUUGAUUUCCCAUCUCUUUUUCAUAAGAAGACACUCAUUUAUCCAAGGAACCAUUGGGGUUUUACAGUUCUCUUCACACAGCUCUUCUACUGUUUUUUCCUCCCUCUUUCUUUCAGAAAACUCUAGCUGACAUUUGUAAAGCAAUGGUUUGUACAUAGCAGCUCCAUUUUAAGUCAGAAAAGAGUGGAACUGCCCUUUUUAAGUUAUCCUUUCUAUUUUAAUAACAGAAGUUUAAUUUUAAUAUUUUGAAAUAUGCAAAUGUAUAAAAUCCCACUGGCCUGAGAGUUGUUUUGUUGUCUUUUUAAUGAAAAGAUCAUAUGUGCUUGUGUUUUGUUGGUGUGAUAGAAAGUGAACUUUUUUAGAUGCUUUGUCAAAUGCUUGUAUUUAUGAAAAUGGUUUGUUACACAUUUUUGCAGUUAUAAAUCAUUUACAGUACACAUCUGUCCUGGGUCUUUUUU